GAGCGUUGCGUCUGCCUUAAAGGCGGCCUCACUGCGUCCAUCAUCCACAAGUAGAAGGUGAACCCAUCGGUCUGAUCGGCCCAGCAGAGCAGCAGAGCAGCCGGUGCCGGUGCGGAGGUCGUGUGAUUUUUUUUUUUGGGAGCGAAGCUCUGCAGCGAGACCCGCGGACCCCCCGAUGCGCAUCGCCCGCCCGUGAGAGCUUCUCCUUGACGCGGUGCCAGCAGCGCUCUCCGGGUUCGGACCGACACGACGGCGACUUCCACUCUUCCCACUUCUCUCUGAGGGGGAACAUGGCGACCCAAAUCGACAAAGAGGCUUGCAGAGACGCUUACAACCAAGUCAGAGACGACAACACGGACGUGAACUGGGCCGCGUUCAAAUACGAGGGCGCCAUGAUCCUGCCCGCAGGGACCGGGGCGGACUACGAGGACUUUAAGAGCAUGUGCACAGAUGACGCCCGCCUGUUUGCCUUCGUGCGGAUCACGAUGGGGGACGCCAUGAGCAAACGGGCCAAGUUCACCCUGAUCACCUGGAUCGGCGAGAACAUCAGCGGGCUGCAGCGCGCCAAGAUCAGCACCGACAAGGCGCUGGUCAAAGAGAUCGUGCAGAACUUUGCCAAGGAGUUCAUGUUCAGCGACCCGAGGGAACUGGACGCGGACAACAUCCGCACAGAGCUGAAGAAGGCCGGCGGAGCCAAAUACGACGCACAGGCCGAGUAGAGCAGUGCCGUGGUCCACUGGACGGGUGGGGAGGGGGGGUGGGGUCAGGGAGGGGUGUGCCGCUGAGGGUGGAGGUUGGAGGUUGGGCAGAGGGCGAGGGCGGGGGGAAGGCUUUACGAAAAGGGAAAUGCCCGCGCAAACAAAUGUGAGUUGCAGCAGGACCAGCGUAAAUCUAAUGCGACCCAACGCUGAACACCGGCUUAAUAGAAAACUGUAGUUCCCUUAUUUUUACCAUUAACAGCUUCAGUAAGACAGGCGACAGCGCAUUUUCCUCAAAGUCCGGGUCUCGGUGGCCCGAGGCUUGUCCAAAUGACACCAACAUAUGAAAGGUGUGAAUGAAUUGGCCAUCUCGUCCAGCUUACAGAGUCGUGUCGUUGCACAAAUAGAGACUCCACUGAACGCGUUCCGUACAGCAUGAUUAGUUUAUUUGCAGUGCAAAUGCUCCGAAACAUUAACCCUCAUUGGUAAAUACAACUCAGAGGCUUAUUCAUGCAUUAAUGCUAACGUUUUACCCGUACAAUAUGUGUUACCCCGGUGUGUGAAUCCCCUAACGUGAGAAGAUAAACAGCACUUUCUUGUCUUUGAGCGGAAUAACAACAUUAGCUUAGCAUAAUGGAACAAGGAACGGCUGUCCGGCGCUGACUACCAGCACUUCUGAAGCUAAUGAACAAACUUUCUGUCCCGUUCCAAAACCAGCGGCGCUGCUAACUGCAUUUCUAGACUGGACCAAUCAAACAAAGAGGCCCCGUAAAUUAAACCGCAUUCAAGGCGCUGGUAUGAUUCUAGUUGUUUUUCUCCCAUUUUCCCCCCUAUGUUAAGUCUCGGUACUGAGCUAAGCUAACUGGCUGCUAGCCGUAGCGUCAGAUAGGCGAGUGAGGGGGGGUCUACCUUCCUUCCUCGCCACUCGCGGCCCGUGCCCUCUUCCCCAGGAGGUCCGUGGUUGGCCAUCGCGCUCCUCCUCAUCUCAGCCGGGCGACGGGGGGGAAGUUUCCACGUGACGGGGACCAAACUUUUAGGAAGCUCUUUGUGUUUGACAGCGGAGCUCUCGGUCGCGACACACUGUACCUCCGGCAGGAGAAGAUCUCCGCUCUCUAACCAUGUGCUUGAUGCUUUGUGGCUGCUGUGAGUAACGCCGAGUCAUGUCGUCCACGUUUAGCUCCUCGUCUGCAGCCAGACUGCUGUGUUUUUGGAUUGUAGCCUCAAAGUUGACCGUUGCGGACUGCAACUCACCCGUCUGUCUUCAUACUUGUGCUUUGUGCUGUGAAUCCCUGCUUAUAUUUAGUCCAAAUGUGGCUUUUCUUCGUGAAUGAUCAAUUCUGGACCUGAUUGCAUUGCUCUUUACUUUCCCCCUCCGCUUUUUGUUGGGCGUGAUCAAUGGAAGCCGUGGCAGAAUCAGAGCACGCGAUCUAACGGCAGGCUUUCCGCCUGUAGAUAUUAAGCCACAAGAACACCGACGAACAGCUGAUAAAUUGUCCACGGCAGCAGUUAUUGUCAAAUAUUGAAUGUUUUCCCCCCGAAAUUCAAAAAAAAUUUCCCCCCCCCCCCCCCCCCCUCCCCCCGGGCCGGAGAUCUUUCCCUCUGGUGAUUCAUCUCACAAUCUACCGCUCGGAGGUCCACGCCUCCUGUAACCCGCUGUGUUUGACUGCCUUAGCCUCCCGGGGAGAGAGGGGCAUCAUGGGAGCUGGUGAACACUACACUGUGAUUGGCUGUCAUGCUCGCAUUGGCAGCGGGACGCGGUGAAGAGCCAUUUUCCCCGUUGUAGCAUCUCUUGUUUAUUUGGUUUCGAGUCCUCUCUCUCCUCCCCCGUCCCUUCAAAAUAAAUCAAUGGAUGUUUUUCUUGUACCUUUUUUUUCUUUUUUUGUUUGUUAUUUUUAGAUCAAGUUUAUUUUCUCCGAAGAGUCUUACCUUUUUUUUUAUUUCAUUUUUAAGAGCAUUGUUGUUGCUCAUUGGCAGAAGAGAUUUUCAAAAAAACGAAAUUAUGGUUGGAAAAAAAAAAAAGAGGAAGAAAGAAAACUGA